AAAUUUUCCUAAAAAGGAAUAUGCACCCGAGCGUGAGUCCGAAUGAAUCGAGACCCGCCGACCUUUAAGCUGCAAGGUACUUUAAUUGCUUCCAUAUUUCCUUCUUAUUCCUUUGUCUCUGCGCUAAUUUAAACAUUUAAUUCAAUUUAAGAGAUAACAAAUAAACCGCCAGGAGUAUAAUGAUGAUUAAGUGUGUGGAAGAUUUCGACAAGUUCCUGGUCAAGGCUAUCGACGAUCUUAAUGACAUGUUUGUCGUGUUUGACUACAACUUGGUAUCGAUCGAAUUCCUGAGCCGUGUCUUGUCUUCUCUCCGGUCGUUUCACGGCGAGUUCACGUGCCUGCUGCCCAAACUCCGGCUGCCGGCGAGAGACAAAUGGCUGGAAGCGUACAUGGACGAGAGCUCCCGGCUGUGGGAAGCCGCCCGUUUGCUCAAAAAGGCCGUUUCGAAUUUCCAGUACGGCGAAACUCUUGGCGAUGAUUUAGUUUCUUCCCUGCUUCUUCGUCAUCCUGUUUUAGACCCAGAACGUUCGCUCCAGAUCAAGAGGAACAUAUUUGACUACAAGUGGACACUAGAUGUAAUCGAAAACGGGAACGAGAUGUGGAUAAGGACGAACCUGGAGAAACUGUCGUUGAGAUUUACCAUAAACGUGAGGGGAAGAUCAAAAUGUAAUGGCUUUUAUGAGAUCCUCCAUUACAUGAAGAACGCCACCUCUUUGCUGCUGCGAAUAUUGGUCACCGGCUUAGUCUAUUCCUGCCCCAAAACCAUUAGAUUGCUCCGCUGCUUAGACAGCGAAGCCGACCCGAGGCCGAGGGGGCUUAUCGGCCCGUCUUUCAUGGUUUCUGCAACAAGAUUGAGGGAGAGGGUGGCACAGGACAUAAUGGGGCUGCCUGGAAUUGCCGUUCUUGAGUUCCAGCAGCUGAGAAUGGCGGUGGAAAAGGUUGAAAGAGAAGUGAAGAUGGACACGGAUUCUGAAGUGAUCAAAGUUGAUGAAGACAAGGUUCAGAGGUUGAGAGAUUGCUUUGUGACGUUGAAAUGUGGGGUUGAAAGCAUAGCUGAGCAACUGGAUGACUUGUUUGAUGAGAUUAUACAAGGGAGAAAGAUGAUUAUGGACUUGUGCAUUCGUGAGGAGGAUUUAGAAGAAGAAUGAAAAAUUAUAUAGGCCAAAAGAUAGAUAGACACAAUUAUCAUACCAAAUUUAGCUCGUCAAAUAUUAACAAAACACAUUCUUUUACACAAGAUUGUAAUUAUUUUUCCUCAAAACUAUAAUCAUUUUGUUGUGGGAAGUUUUCAUUUUGAUUCAUUUAUUUAAGUUAAUUGAGUAAGUGAUAUAUUAUUG